UUUAUCUUAAUUAACUAUUUAUGUAUGAUUCCUGAUCACAAUAUAUAAGUGACAGAUUAAGCUAUUCGUUUUAAGCACUAAUUUGUAGGCUUAAAGACUUUGCAGCAAAAGUAAUUCUUAAAAUGAGUGAAAAAGACCGACUAACAGCAGUGAGAUUGAUGUACAUUAUUUCAGCUCAAAAUUGGAGGACAGAUGUAGGAAAAUAUUUAUUAAAAUCUCAAUUGCCACGUAUUUUUCUUCAUAAUUGUUUUCACGUUAAACGUGUUGGACUUUACUUAAUUAAUGGAAAUGGUGAAGUAUUGACCGGGGAUAUUAUUUUAUUAAUUUUUGAUCACAUUUUAUCAUUGAAAGAAAAUGAAAGCACUAUGGAGGAUUACAUUAAUACAGUUGGACGUGAAGUAUGUGAAUGGCAAAAGGAAGAUAAGAAUUGUUUGGAUAGAUCUAAAGUUUGUUUAGUAGGAUUACUAAAAUACCUUAAAGAAAAUCCAAAUUAUCUUCCAUAUGAAAUGAAUACACAAGAUUUCAAUUUUCUUGACAUAUCCUGUAAUAAUGAUGAAUCAAUUAAAAAUAAUCCUUCUUUAGAAGAAAUACCAUAUUUUGAGGAUUGUGAACAUAAAAUUCACGUAUUUAAUGAACAUGAUAGACAAAUUUGGAAUUCAUUUAAAAAAAAAAAAUAAUUAAUUACUAAAUGAACAUAAUACAUAUGUUCGGAAUUCAACUAAAGAAAUUUAAUAAUCUAUUAAAUUAAAGGUCAUGUGUCAAAUAGAAACAGAACUUUAUUUAAAAGUUUAAUUAUAAAAAUUCAACUAGUUUACUAAUUUUAAUUUAAUUUAUCACUUCAAUCAAUGUUGUUUAAAAUAUAAUAAUGUGAAAAAUAUUAAUUUAUGUAUUAAAUUUGAUAUCUUAAAUAAACAUAAUAAUUCAAAUACUUUUUCAGUAUCUAUUGUUUUAGCUUCUAUAGGAAGAUGAGAAGGUAUUAUUUUACUAUAAUGUGUUUUUUUUUCGUCUGUUACUACUUUUUCUCAGCUCUGACCGAGAGAAAUGAAGGAAAUCUCUAAAAAAAUUAUAAAUUUAAAAAUCUUUAAAUUUCGACAUUUUUUUAAUUUUUUUUACUUAAAACUACUAUAACUUUUUUAAAAAUGAUUAAAUCAACAUAUUUAUUUUUUUUAGAUACAUGAGAUAUUUACCUAUUGUUUUGUACAUUUUUUAUACAUCUGACCUUUUACCUAACGCGGGGGGAAUUCAUAAUGACAGCUAUUUCACCAAAAAUUAACUUUUUAAACUUAACUUUUGAAAGUUGACCGAAAAUACUGACACUAGUAUAUAUAUAAAUCAUAAAUUAAAGCUUAUGUAAUAUAUACUUAAUUAUAAAAAAAAAAUUCGAACAUCAAUUUGUCUUCGUGGUAAAAAUGUCUACCGUAUUCAAAAAUAGUACAUUAUUUUUGGGUUAAAAUUCUUGAUUUUGUAUUUUAUUUUAUUUUAAUAGACCUUGUUGCGGCGUACGUUAUCAUAUAGUUUUAGCUUCGAUGCGAAGCUGAGAAAGUAUUAAUUUUACUAUGAUGUGUUUUUUUUUUUUAUUUUUUUGAAAAUCUAACACUUAUUCUGCUCACUGGGGUGAUUUAAAAUAGUAACGUUUUUACAAAAAAUAACUUUUUUCAACUUAAUUUUUGAAAAUGUUCCGGAAAUACUGUGUCCUUUUAACAUAUAUCAAAUUAAAGCUUAUUUUAUGUACUAUAAAAUGAAAAAAAAAUUUGUCCUGACGACCUAUCUUCUAUGCGCUAAUGGCUACCAUAUUCAAAAAUAUGCUAUUUUAACAAAUUUUUUUUUUUAAUUAAACACUAUCUACAGAUUUGCAUCGAAGCGUUUUUUAUGAUAGUGAUUUUAAUCACUGUCAGAUAUUAUCUAUACUGGACCCAACUAUGCCACGACCCCACUGUGCAGCCACCUCACUGUGCUGGGUUUUUUUCAUUUGAUAGUAUAUAACAUAACCUUUGAUUUGAUAUAUGUCUAAAAGACGCAGUAUUUCCGGAACAUUUUCAAAAGUUCAGUUGAAAAAGAUCUAUGUUUUUUACAAUAUUUCAAGUUUUGAACGCCCCCUAUAUAAGGGGAAAUUGUCCAAUUUCAAUAAAAAGUAUGUCAAAUAAAAGAUGUAUUUAUAAUGUAUUUAGAAAAAAAAAAUUUGUGCUGAUAUAUACAUUUUUCAAAAAGUUAUAGCAUUUUUAAGUUGAAAAUUUAAAAUCGAAAAUCGAAAAUUUUAACACAAAAAUAGUGUUUUUUUAACUACGGCAGCCGUUUAAAUGUAGAAAAAAAAGUGUCGGGACAAAUUUUUUUUUUUCAUUUUAUAGUACAUAAAAUAAGCUUUAAUUUGAUAUAUGUUUAAAGGACGCAGUCUUUCCGGAACAUUUUCAAAAAUUAAGUUGAAAAAAUUAAUUUUUGUAAAAAAGUUGCCAUUUUAAAUCCCCC